AUGUCCUGCCACCAUAUUCCACGGAUAAUCGGGAGUAAACUGUACCUAUAUAUUAUAAAUAGGUAUAACGUACAUGAACUUAUUUUAUUUUGUUUCGAAGAACACUUGCCAGCACCGAACACUUACUAUCCAAAAAUGGACUCAGUACGACCCAAAGCACCGAAAGCAUCAUUCAAAAGUCGCACGUUGCAAUUUGGCCGUAUGGACAGUAGUUAUCCGAGUCCGAACACGUACACGCUGCCAUUGCCGGACGUAUAUCGGCGGUCAAAAAAACCAGCAUUCGUCAAUAAAAACGCACCGCGUUUCAAAGUUGUAUCCGAGGCAGUACCGGCGCCGAAUACAUAUUCGUUACCCGCAACCGGCACCUACAAGUAUGCACAGACUAUGCACUCGACCAUACAACAUAGGCGCCAAGAGAAGAUUGAAAGUCGGGCGCCGCCGCCCAACAGGUACUACCUAACCGCUACUAAUGGUCCAGCCAAGACGUUUGGACAAAAAGACUGUCACAAGCGUGCCGUUUACCUGACCGUCGAAGACCUGUGGUGUUGAACUACCAUGGAAAUUAAUAUUUUUUAAAUUUUUAGGAGUCACCAAAAUAGUUUUAAAAUUAUAUCGUGUUAAUUCACUUAAAUAUAAAAAAUAAGA